AUGGCAGCCAACAUCAUCGUCUUGAUCACAGGUGCAAACACGGGCUUGGGUCUCGCGACCGUCAAGUCUCUACUCCAAUCUGCCGACAAGACGUACACCAUCCUCCUCGGCGGGCGGAGCUUGGAGAAAGCCACCAGUGCCGCCCAGCAGGUCAAGGAGGAGUUUGCCUGCAGUCAGAGUGUGGUGGCCCCCGUGCAGAUUGACAUCGAAGACGACCAGUCCAUCAAGAAUUUGUUCGAGAGUCUCGAGAAAGACUAUGGAAGAUUGGAUGUGCUGGUGAACAAUGCUGGGAGCCAAUUCGAUCAAAAGCUUUCCUCUGGUGAACUCAGCAUGCGUCAGAUGUGGAACAAGUCCUGGGACGUCAAUGUGACAGGCACGCACAUCCUCACGUACACACUCAUCCCCCUAUUGCUGAAGUCCUCCGACCCUCGACUGCUUUUCAUCACAAGCGGUGUUUCGACUCUCGCCGAGAGCGGAAAUCAGGCAGUACGCAUCAACCACUCACCUCCGGACAAAGGCUGGCCAAAAGCCGGCGGUGCCUUCGCAGCGCUAGGGGUUCCGGCAUACCGAGCGAGCAAGACCGGAUUGAAUAUGGUGAUGCGCGAGUGGGUCAGGGUGUUGAAAGAGGACAAUGUCAAAGUGUGGUGUGUGAGCCCGGGCUUGUUGGCGACGGGUCUUGGUUUCGGCAACCCAGAGCGGUUGAAGCAGAUGGGUGCCUUGGAUCCAAGCGUCGGAGCAGGCGUGGUGAGGGACGUGGUCGAGGGCAAGAGGGACGAAGAUGUCGGAUGUGUGGUGAGAAAAGACGGGAUCCAGCCUUGGUGA